AGUCACAUUUGAUCCACUGCUGGUGAUCAAUCCUACUUAUCGACUCGUUAGCAUCUUUGGAUACAGUCAACACUUGUGUUCACCUCCGACCGUGUCGUUUUCUCCGCCUGUUUCAUAGCGACUCUUGUUUUUAAGUAGCUAGCUCUAACUUUGACUAGAAUUAUUAUCUUUGAGACAUUUAAACGUAACAACUCAGGAGAAUGUCAGAUUUCGACAGCAACCCGUUCGUGGACCCGGACUUUAGCAACCCGUUUCAGGAUCCAUCAGUUACACAGGUUCGACAGACGGCUACUCCAGGGCUGGAGGAGUACAAUCCCUUCACAGAUGCCAAACCUACGCCUGCGGGUAUGACACCCAAGACUGCAGCACCCACCAUCAACACGCAGCCCGCCAUCAUGAAACCCACAGAGGAGCCUCCAGCCUACUCGCAGCCUCAGGCACAGGAGCAGACGCAAGCGACUGCCGAGCUGCUGAGGCGUCAGGAGGAGUUGGAGAGGAAGGCUGCAGAGCUGGACCGUCGGGAGAGGGAAAUGCAGUCACUCAACGUCUCAGGGGGCAGGAAGAACAACUGGCCUCCACUCCCAGAGAAGUUCCCUGUGAGCCCCUGUUUCUACCAUGACAUUGCUGUGGACAUUCCUGUAGAGUUUCAGAAGACAGUCAAGGUCAUGUACUACCUCUGGAUGUGUGAGUAGCUUUAUUCCUUUAUUAUAAUGUUAAUCUGUUGGUACUUAGUGAAAUUGCUCAACACCUACAGAAUGAAUUGCCGUGACGUUGUUGCACAGA